UUUACUUUAUUUAACCACAUUUACAUUGUUCGACGACAGAAUUGUUCGGUGAAUCACUUUGGAAGCAGUUCAACUCGUUUUUUUUUUCACGUGUGAUAAUAAAAUUCGGUCGUUUAUCUUCUAGUCACUGGGUCAAAGACGAUAAACUCAAAAAGAAUUUUUACGAAACAUUUUUUUCAUCUGAAAAAUACUAGUGAAAAUCGUUCGUUUGACAUGAGUUUAGUAACCUGUGUAAUGGACACGUAAUAUUUGAUAAUUCACGAAAAUCCUUUGUAGCAUUGACUUCGUUAAGUUUCGUUGGCAAAAAACAUAAAGCAACAAAAUGUUUUCGCACAAGUGCUUGUAUAUUAUAAAAAAAUGGUGGAUUUUGUUUUUGUGUGUAAACACAACUUAUGCGUUUUAUUUACCUGGACUUGCACCCGUCAACUUUUGCCGAGAAUCUGAGGCGUCACCACAAUGCAAAUCAGAUGUCACGCUUUAUGUAAAUCGAUUAAAUACCGAAGAGUCUGUCAUACCGUAUGAAUAUCAUCAUUUUGAUUUUUGUCCAAUCAAUGAAGAGAAUUCCCCAGUCGAAAAUUUGGGCCAAGUGGUAUUCGGGGAACGUAUUCGACCGGGACCGUAUAAAAUUGAAUUCUUAAAAGAAAUCACUUGUGCAAAGGUGUGUACUCGAACAUAUUUGAAGGGAGAUGCAGAAAGUGAAAGACGCUUGGAUACAUUGAAAAAGGGAAUGAGCUUGAAUUAUCAGCAUCAUUGGAUUGUUGACAAUAUGCCUGUAACGUGGUGCUAUCCAUUGGAAAAUAAAAAGAAAUAUUGCAGCACUGGUUUUCCAAUGGGCUGUUACUUCCGUCCGUUUCUUGACGGAUGCCCAAUCAAUACCAAAUAUAAUAAGCCUGGUUUUUACUAUCCAUUUAAUCAUGUUACGCUCACCAUUACCUACCACAGUGGUUUGACUGAAGAAUGGGGUGUAGGAUUUGGUGCGAAUGGCGGUCGAAUUAUUUCAGUUAAAGUAGAACCAGCUUCGAUUAACCAUCGCAAUCCAGACAAAUUAGAUUGUAGUCAAUCUGCUGAACCAUUAGCUAUACCACCAAAGACUGACAACCAAAAUUUGAACAUUACAUACACAUAUUCGGUGAAAUUCGUCCAAGACGAUUCAGUGAAAUGGUCCUCACGUUGGGAUUACAUUCUUGAAUCAAUGCCACACACAAGCAUUCAAUGGUUUUCAAUUUUAAAUUCAUUGGUUAUUGUUCUGUUUUUGUCCGGAAUGGUGGCAAUGAUUAUGUUGCGAACGCUACACAAAGAUAUUGCAAGAUAUAAUCAAAUGGAUUGUGGUGAAGAUGCACAAGAAGAAUUUGGAUGGAAAUUGGUGCAUGGUGACGUUUUUCGUCCACCGAGAAAGGGAAUGUUGCUGUCCGUUUUCUUGGGAUCGGGCGCUCAGGUGUUUUGUAUGACUUUGGUGACACUAGCAUUCGCCUGUCUUGGUUUUCUCAGUCCUGCGAACAGAGGCGCACUCAUGACAUGUGCUAUGAUUCUAUUCGUGUUGCUUGGCACUCCGGCUGGUUAUAUAUCAGCAAGAAUUUACAAGAGUUUUGGCGGUAUUAAAUGGAAGAGCAAUGUUAUGUUGACUUCAACCGUAUGUCCCGGCAUUGUGUUUGGACUGUUUUUCGUCAUGAAUUUGGUGUUGUGGAGUAAAGGAAGCUCUGGCGCCGUUCCCUUCAGUACAUUAAUUGCAUUGUUGGCUUUGUGGUUCUGUGUAUCAGUGCCAUUAACAUUUGUGGGUGCCUAUCUUGGAUUCAGAAAGAGACCAUUGGAACAUCCGGUUCGAACAAAUCAAAUUCCACGACAAAUUCCAGAUCAAUCAAUUUACACUCAACCAGUACCGGGCAUAUGUAUGGGCGGUGUUUUGCCAUUCGGAUGUAUUUUCAUUCAGCUGUUCUUCAUUUUGAAUUCGCUAUGGUCAAGUCAAAUGUAUUACAUGUUCGGAUUUUUAUUCCUUGUUUUCUGGAUUCUUGUGAUAACAUGCUCGGAAACAACCAUCCUUUUGUGUUAUUUCCACUUAUGUGCCGAAGACUAUCAUUGGUGGUGGCGUUCAUUUUUGACAUCUGGCUGUACAGCGUUCUAUCUCUUCGUAUAUUGUUGCCAUUAUUUUGCCACAAAACUAGCUAUCGAAGAUACUGCAUCAACAUUUUUGUACUUUGGUUACACAUUAAUUAUGGUGUUUUUAUUCUUUUUGAUGACCGGAACAAUCGGUUUCAUUGCCUGUUUCUGGUUCAUUCGAAAAAUCUACAGCGUUGUAAAAGUGGAUUAAAAACAAUGCAACAUUUUCGUUUGUUUCAGUAAAUUAAACGGAAACUCGAACAUAAUUGUCAAGAGACUCGUAUUUAAAGAAAAAAAAACAAUACAUGAUGAUAUGUGAAUAAUAAGAAACAUAGAAGUAGAACUUUUUUUGUCGACAUCCAAUUCGAAUUACAUACAUUUCCCUUUUGAUAUAAUAUUAAAUUCUAUUGAUUUAAAUCUAAAAACACACCGAUUCUACGUCCAGCCUUCACAUAAAGAUCAAAUAUUUAUUAAAAAUAGUGUGAUUGAAGCGAAUAUGGUAAAAUAUAAUGCCAUUUAAAUAAAGAAAAGCUAAAAUUCUAUUGCUUUUCAACGCAAAAUUAUUGUCCAAUUUUUGUGUGUAUUAAAAUCAAUAUGCAAUAACUCAUUGUAAUUCAUGUGGAAUCAUUUUACUGAAUUUCGCCAUUUAAAAUACACAAAAAAGAAUGUCGCGGCACCACAUUGGCAUCGGUUGAAGCCUACUUCUACAGUCAUGUGCCACCAAAUUUACACGAAUCGUUUCAUACACAUAAAAUACAAACAUUUUGGACAAUUCGGCCACUUAAAAAUGACAAAUUUCUUAAUGUUUUCGACAAAAAAAAAGAAAAUUAGUAAAAAAAAGUGUAAUAUUUCAUGAUUAUCUGUGAGUGCGUCAUUCGAAUUGAAGAUAACGAUAUUAGUGAUAAAGGUCGUAACAUUAAUCUAUGUAUUAAACAUUUUAAUAAAUAAUCUUAUCUAUGUAAAACAAAAGCA